GAUUAGUUGACUCAUGGCAUGAAUAUAUAUCAGUUUACUUCAUAAUAGGCGUUUUUAUAAUACGCGUUUUCUGUCGCCAAAUAUUUACCAAUUUCUUGAUUGAUGGUGUUUUUAACAUCACUAGCAUGGCAACCGGUCUUGUCGCUGCUUAGUGGGAUAAUGUAUUUGAAUAGGAAAACAUUGCAUCAUCCACUGUAGACGGAGUCAAAAUCUGGAUGCUUGACCCCAACAAGUCUAAGAAUUGAUACAACCUAACUACAGCCGUAAUUAGUUUUGGUGUUCUCACCUCCCAUUUAAGAUAAGGAACUGCCUUGUGCAUUACUCAUCUCGGUCAGUGGCUGAUGAAAUUCAUGAAUCUGACAGGGUAUAUUUGAUAUAGUAUUUAACAAGGAAGUUGUGAAAAAUUGUCACUGGUUUUACUGAGAGAAGCCGCGGCAGCAGUGGAAACCUAAGGACCAUAGUUAUCUGAAAGUAGUUGGAUUUUAGACAUAAAUUUGCUUUUGGUGGCUUGGAGGAAGUGAGCAGCAAAAACCAUGGCUGAUACACAAGCAAAACAGCAAAAUGAGGGCAAAAAAGCCAAGCAGAAGGGUGCUGGAGAUCAACCGAUAGAGCUUGACCCACGCCCAGAUUUCAUAGAGCAUCGCCAGAAGUUAUGGGACAAGUUAAAGUCAGAGUAUGAUUCAUGGGUUUCUGCACAAGAGCCACAACCUAUCAAAGUGACUCUGCCAGAUGGUAAAGUUGUAGAUGGGCAGUCAUGGCGCACAACUCCAUAUGAAGUAGCCAGGGGAAUAAGCCAAGGCCUUGCCGACAAUGCUGUCAUUUCCAAAGUCAAUGGUGAACUGUGGGACUUGGACAGACCAUUGGAGAAAGAUGCUCAGCUAGAGGUCAUAAAAUUUGAUGAUGAAGAAGGUCAAUAUGUGUUCUGGCACUCCAGUGCUCACAUGAUGGGGGAGGCUAUGGAGAGACACUAUGGAGGGCAUCUAUGCUAUGGCCCACCCAUUGAGAAUGGCUUUUAUUACGAUAUGUGGGCACCUGACAGGGUUGUGUCAGAAAAAGACUAUCCAGCACUGGAGCAGAUUGUGAAGUCUAUUCAGAAAGACAAACAGCCAUUUGAAAGGCUAGAAAUGAAGAAGGAAGAUCUUCUGGAAAUGUUUAAGUACAAUGAAUUCAAGCAGAGGAUCAUCAAUGAGAAAGUGACCACCCCCACCACCACUGUAUACAGAUGUGGUCCCUUAAUUGACCUGUGUCGAGGGCCUCACGUCAGGCACACUGGCAAGGUUAAAGCCUUUGCCAUAACCAAAAGUUCUGCGACUUACUGGGAGGGUAACUCUGAGGCAGAAAGUCUCCAGCGUCUCUACGGAAUUUCUUUUCCUGAUACCAAACAACUAAAGGAAUGGAAACAGUUUCAGGAGGAGGCAGCUAAGAGGGACCACAGGAAGAUUGGGAGAGAACAAGAAUUGUUCUUUUUCCAUGAAAUGAGUCCUGGAAGUGCAUUCUUCCUACCGCGUGGCGCUCACAUCUAUAACACACUUGUAGAUUUUAUCAAGACUGAAUACAGGAAGCGUGGUUUUACUGAGGUGGUGAGCCCCAAUAUCUACAGCAGUCGUCUCUGGGAGACCUCUGGCCACUGGCAGCACUAUUCUGACAACAUGUUUAAGUUUGAUGUGGAGAAGGAACAGUAUGGUCUGAAACCUAUGAACUGUCCAGGACACUGUCUUAUGUUUGAUCACCGACCCAGAUCAUGGAGAGAGCUUCCAGUGAGGUUAGCUGACUUUGGUGUGCUGCACAGGAAUGAGUUGUCAGGUGCUCUCUCUGGACUGACCAGAGUCCGAAGGUUCCAGCAAGAUGAUGCCCAUAUCUUCUGCAGGUUUGAUCAGCUCGAGGAAGAAAUUGGUGGUUGCUUAGACUUCUUGCAGUUUGUAUAUGGCAAGUUCGGGUUUAGCUUCAAACUAUAUCUCUCCACCAGACCUGACAAGUACCUUGGAGAAAUCGAGGUGUGGGAUAAAGCUGAGAAGCAACUUGCAGACAGCUUGGACAGGUGUGGCAUCCCAUGGAAACUGAACCCAGGGGAUGGUGCAUUCUAUGGACCAAAGAUUGAUAUCACUAUCAUGGAUGCCCUAAAAAGAUCCCACCAAUGUGCCACCAUACAGUUGGACUUUCAGCUACCAGAGAGGUUUAACUUGACUUACGUUAGCGAAGCAGCAGAUGGAGAGAAGAAACGACCUGUGAUCAUUCACCGUGCUAUCCUAGGUUCUGUGGAAAGGAUGAUUGCCAUUUUGUGUGAAAAUUAUGGUGGAAAAUGGCCAUUCUGGUUGUCUCCAAGACAGUCUAUUGUGAUUCCAGUAGCAUCACCAUUUGAUGACUAUGCAAAGAAGGUUAAAAAAGAGAUCCAUGACAGUGGAUUUAAUUGUGACUUAGACUUGGAUCCUGGCACCACCAUGAAUAAGAAGAUCAGGAAUGCACAACUUGCACAGUACAACUUUAUCUUUGUUGUUGGAGAGAAGGAACAGCUGAACAACACUGUCAAUGUCCGUACCAGAGACAACCAGGUGCAUGGAGAACACUCAUUAGAACAUGUCAUCGAGCGUUUCAAGAAUUUUGCUGAAACCAAAGUGGAAAGCAAAGAUGAAUUUUAAUUGCAAGGAGCUGGGAAAAGACAUGCAAAUCGUUUUGUGCAAGAAAGUGAAAAUUGCCAUUCUUAAGUAGAAUUCCAGGAAACUGGUAUAACAUAGAUUGCUUAUGACAAUUCCCACUUCCUUUAAAGUAGAACAGCCAUCAUUCAAUCAGAAAGAAGAUCCAGCACAUGCCUUAGAACUUGAUGGUGGUCACAUAUCUGAUUCAUUCAAUUUAAUAAUAGCAUCCAGCUUAAAAAACGUGAAGAGAAUAUGUAACAUUUAUUUUGCACAGAGGACGAACACUUUGGUGUGCUCUGAGACGUGCAUUUUUGUGUGGAUUUAAAAAACAUGAUGUAAUUUGAGACAUUUUCAAAAACGAAAAAAAAAACUUGUGAAUUAGAUGUUGUCUUCUGUGUAAAUGGUUUUGUUUGCGUCUGUCAUAUUUAUUUCAAAGGGAACUAAUUAUUACACCCCUCUUCUGUAAUUGACGGUGUCUUAGAUCAUAGCCAAAGGACAUUUCGUGCUUGCUAGGGUGCCAGCGUAAACCAUGAAUUGCCGUUUACGGAUUAAUUUUAUUUGACAGACACCUGUUAUUGAAGAUAAAAUGAAACUAAGUAAAAAUUAAUCAGCUGUCAAUAAAUUUUGCAUGAUACAA